CUAAUGGGUAUCUGUGUUGGUUAUUGCUUUUUGUUUUAUGUCUGAAGUUAUUCAUACACGAAGUAUGAUAGAUGGCAUAUUCUGCUACAAGAUCAUAACAUGACAUAAAACAAGAAUGUGCAACCUUCCCCCAAUCGUUGUCUCUUUUUAAAGAACAUUCUAUCAUUUUGUUUAUUAAUGGUAUAGUCUCAACUUUAGCAAUUGGUGAAUGUUUGUGGUCUACUUUUUAGUACAAAGAAAACAUUUUGAUUUCCAAUCAAAUACCUCUUUAAAUGAGGAUCGCAGUUUCUUUUUUGGUACAGAUAAUGAUUGAUCAUUACAACAAUCCAAAAACUGUCUUCUACAGCUAUGAUGGACUAGUACUGUUGUACUGUUAUGCGUGUUCUGUCGCAACUGGUCUUUAAGAUUUCAUCUGGUUACAUAAUUCGACAAAAUGGUUAUUGUUCAAUGUAUGGCUCUAUGCCUAAUCCAAAUGAAAAAUUCAAUCAUGUUGAUAAUGGGCCUGCAAAAAAUGUAACAAUGGAAAUGUAUAAUAUUCUUAAAAAUGUUUGUCCAUAUCUAGCUGUUGAAAGCAUAGAAAAAACUCAAACAUGUUGUGGACUACAACAGUUGAUAAAUCUCCGUGAUCAAUUAGAAACAGCAGCUACUUUAUUUUCAAGAUGUCCACCUUGUAUAAAGAAUUUUUACAAUAUGUGGUGUGAUUUUACAUGCUCUCCAAACCAAUCCAUGUUUCUGGAUUAUAUAUACAAUGAAAAAGAUCCAAGUAUAACUCCAGAUUCUGUAUUUUAUGUUACAAAAGCAUUUGCCAAUGGACUCUAUAAUUCUUGCAAAGAUGUAAUAUUUUCAGGUAACAAUGGUCAUGUUUUAGACUUUAUGUGUGGUACAACAGCUGAUAAAUGUAGUCCAACCAAGUUUUUAAGUUUUAUUGGCACUCCUCCUAAUGCUCCUUUUAAUAUUGCUUUUAAUAUUGAUGAACCUGCACAAAAUAUUAUUAGUGACAAUAUGACAAUGAUACAGUGUGAUGAAGCAUUUUUUGAUAUUGGAACAGGAAAAAAUAGUUCAGCAUGUUCUUGCCAAGACUGUAAAAAAAGUUGCCCGGUCCCUCCAUCACCACCUGCUCCAACUAAACCUACUUUGAUUCUUGGUUUUAAAUUAUUUACAUUUAUUGUUGGUGUAUCUCUUUUUGCUUGGAUCUUAUUCUUUUCAGUUUAUGUCUUUUUGGUUCUUAGAACAUCUAAAAAAGAACUAGAGGUUUCUGCAAGAGCAAAUUCUUUGCCUGAGGUAAUGAAUGAUAGUUUUUAUGCAAAGUCUCUUCAUACCAUAGAUCAUCAAAAUCAAAGUAAAUCUCAUAAAAGUUGUUUAAUUAAUCUUGGUGUUCAUGUAGAGAAGUUUUUACAAUAUUACUUUAAAGUUUGGGGAACGUGGUGUGCUAACUAUCCUUGUACAGUUAUAUUAGUUAGUUUACUUGUACUAUUAGUAUGCUCUGCUGGUUUAUUUAUGUUCAAAGUUGUUACUAAUCCUGUUGAUUUGUGGUCAGCUGCAGAUAGUGUUGCCAGAUCUGAAAAAGAUUAUUUUGAUUCAAAUUUCUCCCCAUUUUAUCGCACAGAACAAAUAAUCAUCAGCAGUUUAAGACAAAGAGAUGUUGAUAGUUAUACUGUAUACCAACAACAAGAACCUACUAAUUUUAGUGGAAUUAUGUAUAAAGACAUACUAAAUGCAACUCUUUGGCUGCAAUUAGACUUGAUGAAUUUGACUGGUGAAACAAAAAGCGGAGAGAAAGUUCGUUUAAAUGACAUUUGUUUGCAACCAUUACUUCCUGAUAACUCUGCAUGUACAGUAUUCAGUGUCAUGCAAUAUUUUCAAUUAAAUCAAGAAAAUUUUGAUGUUUGUUUGACUGACAUGGACGAACCUUGUGGACCAUACGCUUUGGGAUCUAGAGAAGCAGAUUGGCAUGAUCAAAUCUUGGGUUGUACAAGUAAUCCUUCGUCAUUGAGUAAUAAUGAAAAAUUAAAAUUACCAUGUAUGAGUCAGUUUGGAGCACCUGUUCCACCAAAACUUGUAUUUGGAGGAUUUCAUGAUGACCGUUAUACUGAGUCAAAAGCAUUGAUUAUCACAUUUGUGGUGAAAAAUCAUGUUAAUGAUAAAGAAAAUGAAAAAGCUGAGGCAUGGGAAAAAGUAUUUUUAGAGCAUGUCAAGGAAUGGAAAGAGAAUGUAGCACCCAAGCUUGGUGUAUCAGUGGCAUAUUCCAGUGAGCGUUCAGUUCAAGAUGAAAUAGCUCGAACAAGUGAAUCUGAUGUAGUACCUAUAUUGGUCAGUUAUGUAUUUAUUUUCCUUUAUAUUGCUGUUGGUUUGGGUCAGUUUAAAUCAAUGAAAAGAGUUCUGGUAGAUUCCAAAAUAACUGUAGGAAUUGCUGGUGUAAUCAUAGCCCUUUUAUCUGUUACUGCGUCACUUGGUGUUUUUUCAUAUGCUGGUGUUCCAGCUACCUUGAUUAUAAUUGAAGUCAUUCCUUUUCUUGUCUUAGCAGUUCGCAUAGAUAAUAUUUUUAUCCUAGUUCAAGCUCUUCAAUGGGAUGAUAGGCUUCCUAAUGAAACUGUUGGAGAACAGGUGGGUAGAGUUCUUGGGAUGGUUGGGCCAAGUAUGCUACUAUCUUCAUUAUCAGAAUCAGUUGCCUUUGGUUUUGGCAGCCUUUCCAAAAUAUCUGCUGUUCAUACAUUUUCUAUUUUUGCUGCUCUUGCUGUGGUCUUUAAUUUUUUGCUCCAAAUCACAAUGCUUGUAGCUGUUGUUGCUCUUGAUGCCAAGCGACAAGCUAAUAAUAAAUAUGAUGUUAUAUGCUGUACUGGUAUUGAUAAAUCAGCCCACUCAGGAAAUGAAUGCAUGCCUGGUGGCAUUCUUUAUUAUUUUAUGAACAAAAUCUACUCUUGGGUCCUCAUGCUUUAUCCUGUUCGUGUUAUUGUGAUUCUAGUUUUCUCCAUUAAUCUUGCUUUGGCUGUUUCUUGUAUUCCAUAUAUUGACAUUGGUCCGGAUCAAAGUCAAGCUUUUCCAAAAGAUUCUUAUCUUAUUGACUAUUUUAGCAAUAUAUCUGUUUAUUUAAAAACAGGAGCUCCUGUUUAUUUUGUUGUAAAAGAAGGCUAUAACUACUCGGACCUAAAUCAGCAAAAUAAAAUAUGUGGUGUUAGUGGUUGCAAUCAAAAUUCAGUUGUUGAAACUAUUUUUGUCAACUCUUUGAUGAGUAACUAUAGUACGAUUGCCCUUCCAGCCUCAUCUUGGAUUGAUGAUUACUUUGCUUGGCUUGAUCCUGCUGGACCUUGUUGUCGCAUUCUUAAUUAUACUGUAAGUGAAAAAAUUGUAAACAGCAGUAUUAUAGAGUUAAAGAAUUUUAGUGGCAGUGGACAAUUUUGCUCUUCUAGUGCACCUGAUUCGUGGAAUUGUUAUACAUGUUUAAAUAAAAGUCAAGCUGGUCUACGCCCUGAACCAACUCAGUUUGAUCAAUAUUUGGAGUGGUAUCUAAAAGAUAACCCAACACAAAAAUGUUCAAAAGGUGGUCAUGCUGCAUAUGGAAGUGCAGUGAAAUUAAAUUCGCCAGAACAUAAAUUCAGAGUAAACUCCUCAUAUUUUAUGACUUACCACACUGUUGCAUCAACACCUCAAGAGUUUACUAGUUGUUUAAAAUAUGCAAGAGAAAUGGCGAGUAAUAUUUCAAAACAGAUUGGGCAUGAGGUCUUUGCAUACAGCGUUUUUUAUGUUUUUUAUGAACAAUACCUUACAGCCAUUGAAAAUACUUGGAAAGAUUUGUUAACUGUCCUUUCUGCCAUUGUUGCUGUAACUUUUGUCAUGAUGGGAUUUAACCUUGGUCUUGCCAUUUGUAUUGGGUUAACUCUUGUCAUGAUUAUUCUAAACUUGUUAAGUCUUAUGUACCUGUGGAAUAUUUCUUUAAAUGCAGUUUCUUUAGUAAAUCUUGUUAUGUGUACUGGAAUAUCUGUCGAGUUUUGUUCUCAUAUUGCUAGAGCAUUCAGCACAAGUGCUUAUUCAACUAAAGUAAAACGAGCAGAAGAUGCUCUUGGAAGAGUCGGAAGCUCUGUUUUGAGUGGCAUUGGUGUUUUUGUUUUAUUGUUUGCCAAGUCACAAAUGUUUAAGAUAUAUUACUUCCGUAUGUAUAUGGGGUUGAUUUUGAUUGGUGCAAUACAUGGGUUUGUUUUUUUACCAGUCUUACUUAGUUUUUUUGGUCCAGCAAGCAGAUGUACUGAAGAAGAUAUAAGUCGAGCAGCAAUGCAACAAACUAGAGCUAAACUUCAAACUAAAGAUCCAUUAGUGAAAGUUUUUAAUUAAUUAUAAAAAAAAUUUUAAGUUAUUGUCAAAAAAUAUUAUUUAGAAAGAGUGAUUUUAUAAAAUUAUAAAUAUAGUAAAGAAUGAAAUAGUCGCUUCAGUAUUUGACUUUUUUGAAAAUCUUAAUGGGAAAAACCUUUGGAUUGGUUAUUUUGGUUUUCUUUAUCAACCUCUUUCCUUUUCUUUUUUGUACUAAAUAUUUUUUUUUUUUUUUUUUGUAAAAAAUUUCAAUUUUAUAGAAUGUGUUUGUAUAAAUAUAAAUAUAUAUUUAGUAUGUAUGCAUAUCAGGUACGUAGCUUUAGAAAAUAUACCUAAAAAUCUAGAUAUAUGUGGAAAAAGAAAAUCGUAUUCAAGUUUUAUUGCAUAAAAACUUUAGUUUUGCUUAAUAUUUAACAACAAAAGCUAGCAUUUUUAGAAUAACGUUUUAAAAAAUGAAUUUUUUAAUGUUAUACACAGCAUUGAUGCUUAAUACAUAAUUUUAUAGUUGAAAGUUUAAAAAACUCGUUUUCUUUAAAAAUAUAAACUACGUCACCGACGUAUGUAACACGUAUUGUCUAAAUGUGUAUUGUGUUGCCUAUAUGUGUGUAUGUAUGUAUAUAUUUUUUUUAAUAUACAAAUAACGAUGUUAUGUUCUUAUUUUCAUAAUUAUAGAUAGAUAGCUUAGUUCAAACGA